CCCGAGGAGCCGCCGCCGCCGAAGCACAGGGACCGCGGGGAGCCGAGGAGGCGCCCCGGGUGGCUGUCCCUUGCCUCUCCUGAGAUGUCAGGAAGGAGGGGGUCACCUGUGUCCCCUGCAGGGGUCCCCCGGAGCCUGGGGGCCCCCAGCCCCAGAGCUCGGAGGCGCCGGAGGUGCUGACAGGUGGUCGAAGAUGGUCCCCAGGGCCUCCAGCCCUUUCCCCCUGCUCCUCCUCCUCCUCCUCCUCCUCCCCUCCUUGGCCCUGGCACCCCAGACCCCAACCUCACCGGCGCCCCUGCCCCAGCUCGCAGCCCGGGAGUGGGCCCUGCUGUCCCCACGGGUGGCCCUGUCGCGGGGGGCCCCUGCAGAUCCCCCUCUGCUCUUCCUGCUGGAGGCCGGGGCCUUCGGGGAGGCCCUGGUGGGCACUGCCAACCGUACCCGGCGGGGGGCGAGCGAGCCGGCGGCGGGGACCCCUCAUCGGAGGGGCGAGCUGGCCGUGUGCGACGCGGUGAGCAGUUGGGUGACGGAUCGACGCACAGCCGUGGACUUGCGGGGCCGCCGCGUGGAGGUGCUGGGCGAAGUGCCCGCUUCUGCAGGGGGUCCCCUGCGCCAGUAUUUCUUCGAGACACGUUGCAAGGCCCAGGGAUCCGGGGAAGCAGACGGCGGGGGUGGUGGUGUCAGUGGGGGCGGCUGUCGGGGUGUCGACCGGAGACACUGGCUGUCUGAGUGCAAGGCCAAGCAGUCCUACGUGCGGGCCCUCACGGCAGACGCCCAGGGCCGCGUGGGCUGGCGCUGGAUUCGAAUCGACACGGCCUGCGUGUGCACGCUUCUCAGCAGAACUGGGCAGGCCUGA